ACUUACCUGGAGAGAAAUUUGCUAUUUUGCCACUCUCAAUUUUGGCUGCCUGUUAUUAUACCAUCCCGUGUCUAUGACUAGUGGGACCGUCUGUGUCUAUGAUUUAUGGGUUCGAUGGUAUAUUGGCGAAGCCCACAAAUGAUAAUGGCAAAAUUGUCAAUGGCCUAGGCCAGUGACUCUCAUUGCACUUGGACGGUAGGCCAGUGACUCUCAUUGCACUUGGAGGGUACGCUGACUUACCAUCUCCCCAAGGGUACGCUGACUUACCAUCUCCCCAAGUGGGAGAGUGGACGUCAUAAUUUGUGUUAGAGGGGUCAUAAUUUGUCCAGUGACUCUCAUUGCACUUGGAGGGUACGCUGACUUACCAUCUCCCCAAGUGGGAGAGUGGACGUCAUAAUUUGUUACCAUCUCCCCAAGUGGGAGAGUGGACGUCAUAAUUUGUGUUAGACUUACCAUCUCUCCAAGUGGGAGAGUGGACGUCAUAAUUUGUGUUAGAGGGGUCAUAAUUUGUGUUAGAGGCCGUGCGGCCUCUGCCAAAUCGAAUAUAUUAAUUUUUUUGUCUGGUUAUAUAAAGUACUUUAUACUGAACUUUUAGUCCUUACAUCGUUAGGUUUAAUAUUUGUAAAUAUAUAAAUUUUAAAACUGAUUCAAUAAAGUUCAAAAUGAGAGAUUUAACGACUUUUCGCCAUCAGUUAUUAGAGCGCACGUGCAGAUCCACCCGGGCGUGGCUUACCCAGCAAUGGCGACCAUCGGCCUUGUCCCCUCGACAGUCGUCGCAUCCACCGCCAUUCGCGCCCCGGCCCCCGCAGCGCUGACCCGUGCCAGCAACCGCCAGCCCCCGCACGCCCGCCGCCUGCUGGACCUCGGCCGCCGCGCGCCGGCGAUGGACGCCCUCCGCGUGUCGGGUGCCGCCGAGCCCCUCCUCCGCCCCGCCGCCGCCGGGGGGCACCCCAGGCUCCGCGUGCGGACCCGUGCGCAGCAGGGCGAUGGCGGCGCCGCGGCGGAGGGGGACGCCGCGUUCUCGUGGGCGCCCGUCGUCCUCCCGUUUUUAUUCCCUGCAUUGGGUGGUCUCCUUUUCGGCUAUGAUAUUGGCGCAACCUCUGGAGCAACCAUCUCUGUGCAAUCUCCUGAUCUCAGUGGCACUGAUUGGUUCAGCUUGUCAUCUUUGCAACUAGGGCUUGUGGCCAGUGGUUCACUUUAUGGUGCUCUUGGCGGCUCUCUUCUUGCAUACCGCAUUGCAGAUUUUCUAGGAAGGAGGAUAGAAUUGGUCACAGCAGCUGCAUUAUAUAUCCUUGGUGCUUUAGUCACUGGAUUUGCCCCUAAUUUUGUAGCACUAAUCAUAGGUCGUGUCCUGUAUGGGAUUGGUAUUGGUUUGGCAAUGCAUGGUGCCCCUCUUUAUAUUGCGGAGACUUCUCCUUCACAAAUACGUGGAACAUUGAUAUCUUUGAAGGAGCUGUUUAUUGUGUUAGGGAUACUGUUAGGAUACCUUGUAGGAAGUCUUGAAAUUGACAAUGUAGGAGGAUGGCGGUACAUGUUUGGUUUUAGUGCUCCGCUUGCAGCUAUUAUGGCUAUUGGUAUGUGGACUUUACCAUCUUCACCAAGAUGGCUACUUCUCAGGGCAGUUCAAGGAAAGGCUUCUUUGGAGGAUAAUAAAAAGAAGGCAAUUCAAGCCCUUAGAACAUUGAGGGGCCGCACAGCAAGUGAAAAGGUUUUGGCAGAUGAUGUUGACGAUACAAUUGUCUCUAUUAAGGCUGCCUACGCAGGACAGGAAGCUGAAGGAAACGUUUGGGAUGUAUUUGAAGGAGCUAGCUUGAAGGCCUUCACUAUUGGCGGAGGUCUGGUUCUGUUUCAGCAGAUAACAGGUCAACCGAGUGUUCUAUAUUAUGCUGCUUCAAUACUUCAGACUGCUGGAUUCUCAGCUGCAUCAGAUGCUGCCAAAGUAGCAAUCUUGAUUGGGUUGUUCAAGUUGCUAAUGACAGGUGUUGCGGUAUUUAAAGUUGACGAUGUUGGAAGGCGCCCAUUAUUGAUAGGAGGUGUUGGUGGAAUUGCUUUGUCACUCUUCCUACUGGCAGCUUACUACAAGAUCCUGAACAACUUCCCCUUUGUUGCUGUCGGCGCGUUACUUCUAUAUGUCGGUGCUUACCAGGUCUCAUUUGGUCCAAUUAGUUGGCUAAUGGUAUCUGAGAUCUUUCCACUCCGGACAAGAGGGCGUGGGAUCAGCCUCGCAGUACUAACAAAUUUCGGCUCGAACGCUCUGGUGACAUUUGCGUUUUCACCCUUGAAGGAGCUCCUCGGGCCAGCCAAUAUAUUUUUCCUGUUCGGCGUCAUAGCAGUGCUCUCCCUCGUGUUUGUGAUCCUCGUCGUUCCAGAAACCAAAGGACUGAGCCUGGAGGAGAUCGAGUCGAAGAUCCUGAAGUAAUUAAAAACCGUUCGUGCGAUCAUAAGCCCCAUUUGGAGAUAUUGUAAGUAGCGAUGCCAUUUUCAAAACGGGCGCUCGCUCACUCGUAGGAUCGGAGCCAAAGCUUUCAGACAUGGGAGUACAUAUGCAAAGGGCACGUCUCGGUGUAAAGCUUGGACAUCUUUCUCUUUUAUUAGCGUAGUGAAUAUUUCCGAACAUACUUGGUAAAUUACAUUUCAGUUGAGUCAUAAUCACGCUUCUGUAGACUGUAGUCCACUGUGACCUACUGUAGUAGUAUGCAUGUCACUAGUAAAAGCUGGUAAGCUGUGUGAUGGACUGAUGGUGUAGACUUGUGCAGUUGUGCUCGCAUAAGGCUGGCCAUCAGAUCGUGUAUAUAGCGACAUAAAACACUAUUUUGCACUAUAGAUAAUACUGUUAUAAUUUACAGAAUGGAGUUGGAAACAUGAGAU